CAGGGGGGCGCUAGCCCCCUAAAUUUGGUACCGUUGCACGUAAACUUUUGUCCUCUUUCGAAUGACGUGCAUUUUUAGCUGUUUUGACGGCUAGAAGUAGGGUUUUCAAAGUUCGUCGAUUGUGCCCUGAGGGCAUACUGUUUUUUGGGAUUUGUGGCCCCCCUGAUGGAUUCCCCGCAUUUUGGCACUAGGAUUUUCGAUAGAGGACACCAUUCUGCACCUCUCCACCAAAAUUCAGCGUAAUCGUAGGGGCCGUCGAUCCCUGCUGAAUCCCUGCUGAACCCCUGCUGAAUCCCUGCUAACUUCCGUUACAUUAAAAACAUUAAAAGAAGCAGUGAUCUUUGUUUUAUUGAUAUUGAAAGUAAUUCAUUCAUGGCACGUGGUCGCGUUCCUGUGAAAACACAUGUUGAUUCAUAAAGCAUCUUUGAGUUUGCUUUAAAUUCAAGAGCAGAGCUGCAGGCUCCUUCACGCAUUGAUAUCAAUCACAAUCAUUACAUGCUUUGAGUUUUUCUGAAAAGGUUGGAUUCAAAGUUCAAACUCAGGGGAAAACCAAGCAAGGGCUACAACAUGAAAGUGAAAAAGGGCAAAGCAUCAAAAAUCGGACCCUCUAAGAAGCCUCUUAAGCACAAUGCUCCCAAGAUAUUCAAAACUAAAAAGCAGAAGGGCAAGAAGAGAAGCAAGAAAUCAUCCCAGGCACCUGUGGUAAAAUCUGUUGUACCAGUUGAGGCAUCAGGCCGUGUCAAUGAGAUUCUGAGCCACAUCCACCAGCUGAAGCCCGUCCGGCCAGUGGCGCAGGCUGCCGCGGCACCUAGCAGCCCCUCCGCCCCCUCCCCGUCCCCGGCGGCGGCACCACCGCCGCUGAAGAAGCCGCGCGCCGAGCGGCAGGCAUUCCUUCCCCCUCCGGUCCCGGAGGACGCCGGGGACGGCGGUGACGCAGAUGGCGCCCCGGAGCCGCAGACCGCCGCUCGCGGCAAGAAGAAACGGCGGAAGAUGAAGCUGGCGAAGCGGAAACUGCGGAGGGAGGAACUGCUGGCCGCCGCGGAGACUCCGGGGGCCAAACUGGAAUCGGCUCGGUUCAGGUACCUGAACGAGCAGCUGUACACGAGGACCGGGUUCGAGGCGCUGAAGAUGUUCUCGCGCGACCGGGAGUCGUUUGACGCCUACCACCAGGGCUUCCGCAACCAGGUGGCCAAGUGGCCCGUCAACCCGCUCGACCUCAUUAUCAAGAACGUCAACAAAAUGCCCCCCAGUCACCUGGUGGUGGACCUGGGCUGCGGGGACGCCCGGCUGGCGACCAGCGUUAGGCAGCGCGUGCUCUCCUAUGACCUGGUGGCUACCAAUGAGCGGGUGACCGCCUGCGACAUGGCCCACCUACCGCUGGAGGAUGGUGCCGCCAACGUGGCGGUGCUGUGUCUGGCGCUGAUGGGAACAAACCUGGUGGAUUUCGUCAUGGAGACGAAUCGCAUCCUCAAGAUGGGCGGCCAGCUGCGGAUAGCAGAGGUGGCCAGCCGGUUCGACUCAGUCGACGACUUCGUGAAGUCGCUGCAGGCCUAUGGCUUCCACUUUAUCAGUCAGGACCUGUCGCACAAGUACUUCUACAUGUUCAGCCUGAAGAAGGUGGCAAAUGUGGACAGGAAGCGGCGGAAGGAGUUGCCGGAGAUCACGCUGAAGCCCUGCCUCUACAAACGGCGGUGACGGGCCGCGGGAGGGCGGGGCAGGUCGGCUGGGACGAAUUGGUGACCGGUAUCGACGAUUAAAGGUCUAUGAUCUAGCACAGUGUUAAUAAACCAUGGAAAAAU